AUGCGCUUUGUGAUUAUCGAUUGCGUCAUAACGGCAGCAAAAACAAAUUUAACACUGAUUACAAAAGUCAUUACAGUCCUGGGUGAACUCAAGUCUCUCUUGGAAUGGAAGAUCGAGGAUCAUACCACGAUCCUAAUCGCGAUUACAUCAACUUGUGUGGAAAUCCUGCAAAUGAAGAAUUUGGUAGUUAUUUCAUUAUCCGAUAGCUUCAUGCAGGAGUACUCAAUGAUACCAAACAAUAAUAGCGCCAUAAAGGAAAGGUCUACAAGUUAUGAAGACAUAUCCAGACUUUGUGUUCCUGCAGCUCGUGCCUCAAAGUCACCAUUGUCCUCUAAUGACUUCAUUGCCAAAUGUCAAGGCACAUCACUCCCUAUUUUGCCAGUACACACUGAUGAAGAAAAAGAAUUAUAUCUUCAUUUAAUGAAAACUCAUCCCCAAUUCACUCAAGGCAACUUCCCAGAUUUCAACAUCAUGAGCAGAAUGUUUUCCCAAAAAAAUAAAAAAAUAAAACUCUACUACAAUACUAGUUCACAUAUUAGGGCAUACUUUAAUCUUAAACAUGACAGCUUAAAGUUCAAAGCAACCUGCAACAUCAAUCCAUUAAAGAUUUUGGAAGUGACGAAGGAUCCUCAUCCCAACAACAGGGGAGUGGUAGCCGUAGUCAAAUCUAAAGAUUAUUUUUUUACAGAAGUCAGUGAUUAA